CGGGGCUGCGCUGCGUAGCGGGCGGCGCGGGCACAGCGCGGGGCCGGCGGCUGCGGGGCGGCCAUGGAGGAGUUCCUGCGGCGCGCCCGCGCCGGGCUGAACAGGAGCAAAUGCUUGGAGAAAGUCCAUGUUGUUCUUGGGAAUAAGUCCUGUGAUUUGGAUUCUCUUAUUUCUACCCUGGCCUAUGCCUACUUUCUAGACAAGGUCAGUCCUCCUGAUGUUCUUUGCUUACCGGUGUUGAACAUACCAAGACAAGAUUUUAGCUACUUCACAGAGACAAGAUGUAUAUUGGAGGAACUGAAUAUCCCGGAGUCAUUCCAUAUCUUCCGCGAUGAAAUCAAUUUGCACCAGCUGAACGCUGAAGGGAAAUUGUCUUUAACACUUGUAAACAGCAACAUGCUGACAAGUGAGGAUAAAAGUUUGGAAUCAGCUGUUGUCAAAGUCAUCAAUCCAGAUGAGCAGUGUGAUGGCAGCCUGGAGUUACAAGCAUCGUCUUCCUCUUUAGUAGUAAAAGAGAUUCUUCAAGAGGCACCAGAGUUAAUCACUCAGCAACUGGCUUAUCUCCUCAGAGGAAGCAUUCUCUUCAAGUGCAUGUCUUUGGAAGCUGACAGAAUUACAGACCAACAGGAGAAAAUACUGUCAAUCCUAGAGGAAAAGUUUCCAGAUCUUCCCCCACGAGAGGAAAUUAUCUCUGUUCUCCAGGAGACUUCAUUUAACCCACAAGGUGUAAGUAUUGAGGAAAUUAUGCUGAAGGAUCUCAAGGAGAUUUCAGAUGGAGAAAUCAAAGUAGCAAUUAGCACAGUGUGCAUGACACUGGAGGACUGCGUAUUACACAGGAGUCUCGUUGAUGAUCUGAAAGCAUUCAUAGAUAAAUAUGGGUUUGAUGUACUUGUCAUUUUGGCCAACUGUUUGUCAGAUGAGAAGCAAACAAAACGACAAAUAGCGGUAUGCUCAGAAAACCUAGAGCUAGGCAAUCAAAUCUGCUGUGAAUUAGAAGAAUGUCAGAAUCCUUGUUUGGAGCUGGAUCCUCUAGAAUGUGGAUGUGACCAAAUACUCAUUUAUCAACAAAACUCUUUGGUGACCUGUGAUCAAAUUUUUCUUCUAGUUAAGGAAGUUAUAAAUAGAAGACAACCAGAAAUGGUAUCAAACAGUAGAACUUCUUCUACUGAAGCUGUUGCUGGAAGUGCUCCACUUUCACAAGGCUCUUCUGGUAUUACGGAGUUAUAUGGUUCUGAUGUAGAACCACAGCCCAGUUCUGCAAAUUUUAUAGAAAAUCCUCAAGAUCUAAAUGGAUCUAUGCAAGCCCACAUUGAUGUUAAUGUAGACCUUGUGAGUCCAGACAGUGGAUUGGCUACCAUUAGAAGCAGCCGGUCUUCCAAGGAGAGUUCUGUUUUUCUUAGUGAUGAUAGCCCUGUUGCAGAAGGUGCUGCUUCCCAUCACAGUCUUCUGCCUGGCUUUGACUCCUAUAGCCCUAUUCCUGAAGGAGCAAUAGCUGAAGAACAAAAACCUCAGUCUAGAGACAAUAGCGAUAACUUUGAUCUUUUCAAUUUUGAUCUAGCACCUGUGGUUGCAGCUCCAUCCGAGUCAUCUUCUCGUUCUGUUGAUUGCUCCCCAGCAGACGACUAUUUCCUUAAUAGUGAUUCAUCAGAAGGACAACUCACUGUGCAGAAAGAACUUGACGAAGCAAACCUGCUAGAAAAUAAUAAAACAAAUUAUUCAACUGACUUACUUAUGACAACAAACGAGGAAGACAAUUCAGCUGAAUUUGAUGAGAAUCCAGGAGAAAUGUGUGAGAAAACAAGUUUGAUCGAUUUAGCUGAAGGUGAUUCUUCUUCACCAGAAAUGUUGAAAACUGCUGAUUCGAGAAUUCCACCAACUCCUGUCAACAGUCUUGUAGAAAUUUCACCAUUAGAUAAUGGGCAGCCUUUAUUUUUCCCACAAGAUGUCAUUAAAAAAAUGAAUGAAAUAGAUGGCACAAAUUAUUCUCAGUCUCGUGUUAGGUAUGGGAGCUGGUGGGAUGGCUUUGACCUAGAGUCCAGAAAUGCUGAUACAUGGAGUUCAAGUGAGCAGGAAUCUGUAUUUCAGAGCCCUGUCUUAUGGAAAGAUUGUAAAGAAAGUCCCUUGCUACGACAACAUAUUGAUAGAAGAGCCUCAGAUUCUGUAUUCCUCCAAAACCAGCCAAAGCAAAUGGAAUACAUGAGAGCAGGUCUGUGGGAUAAUCAGUUUAAACAAGAUAAUUGGAGCCAUGAGAAUAAAGAGAAAAACAGUGAACAUUCACGGUUGCAAACUGCUUCUUUAGAAGAGACAAAGCAAGAACCAGAGAGCUUUAAUGACCUGUGGAAGGUCAGACAGCCAACACCUAUGAUGUCAGAUGCAUGGCGUAGUAGUGAAGGGAAAGGUAAUCAGCUAGCUGCAGACUCUUACAAAGUCUGGUCCAAGUUUGAUGCAGGAGAUACUGCUAGAGCCUCAGAAAAUGUAUGGAACAUGCCCAAACUGGAUAAAGAAAAAAAAUCAGUGACUAUUCCUGAGAAAUGGGCCAUACCAAAAACUAGUUUAUCAGAGUCUUCAGAAAUCACAGUGGACAAUGGGACCGAAAGUCCACCUAUCCAGGUUUCUCCAGAAGCCUGGGAUAAAGAAAGAUAUUAUUCAGUAGAAGAAUAUGGAAAAUCUGAAAAUACAAAUUCUGGUUUCAACAAUAUGCAAAAUAAUUCCAAGUUGCAAAUAGAGGAAAAAACUGUAACUGGUGACCCUAAACAUAGACCAAAACAAUUUGAAAAUAUAGAGACCUGGAAUAUGUAUGAUAAAAACAUCAGGAAAGAAGUAACAAAAGUAGUAGUGCCAUGGGAGCAUACCUUCUUAUAUAAACACUCAGAUCUUGGUUCAUCAAACGUAGGUGAAGAUUUAGUUGUUUCUCCACCAGACACCAAUUAUUCAACAUCUGAUUCAUAUACAUCUCCUACAUAUGUGGAAGAUGAAGGAGAAAAUGAGGACAAAGAUUUUGACGAAGAAACGGUUACUGAUAAAUUGAUGAACCCAGGUUUGGCUGAGCCAAAAGUACUUGAGAAAGCAAGUAAGGAAGCAUUAUCUCCUAGAAACAUUGCUUUUUCAAGUGGCGGAAACACAGACAUCUGGAACACUCCCCUAAAUAAUGUCACCCAGUUACAAGAAAGAAUUUCUGAAAUUACUGCUCUUCCUGCCUCUGCUAAACCUUUCCUUAAUUCAGAACAAACAGCUAAUCAGUGUUUUUCAACUGAAAUACAUACCAGUGAAAAUAUUUUUUCUAUAUCUGAAAACAAACCACCACCACCAGUGUACGAUCAAACAGUGAAUGACUUAUUGCUGCCACAGAAUGAAUUAAAUACUAGACAGGCGGCAGCUGAAAAUGCAGCAGCAGUGAUCGGUGUUUCUGUAGAAGACACAGACACAUCUACACCAACUUCAGACACUGGGAAUGGUUUGGAUUUGAAGAUAUGUGACUUAGGGAGUGAGAUACUUGGUAAGAAGGCAGCACAAAACACUGCUGAUGUUGAUGAAAAGCUGGAUAGUCAGGAUUCAGCACAGCAGCUGAACUCAUGGAGUUUACACAGUGAACAGGGUUGUGAGGAAGGCUGGGACAAUGCCAUUGUCAUCUCUCAGAAAGGAAAAGAGGUAUAUAAAAGAACAGAUGAGACAAGUGGACAGGAAAUGAUUAGUGACGUUUGUAAUAAACCAGUGCAAGAGGACAGUGAAUCUUCAUGUAAUGCUGAUUCGGAAGAAAACAGGUCAACAACUGAAGUUCCCAGCUCCCCAGAAAAAAUGAGGAAUAGUGUUAAUUUGGAAGUGUUGGUCACAGAGAAUGAGUCAUUUCCCAAUCAAACUAAUCCAGGUAGUCAGGAGGAGAGGAAAGACUUGUCACAGAGUAAUGCAGAAUCUUCUUCAAGUGCUUCCGAGGAAGGCAGAAAUUACGAAUCUUUUGAUGACCCCAGACCACACACCUACAAUUACAGUGAAACAUCACAGCUGCUUUCCAAGAAAGUGGAAAAGGAGACUACAGUGAUGGAGGAUGCAACAAGUCCCGAGAUGGAAAGUAUCUCGGAAGGUUCUGAUAAGGGUAGUGAUAACCCUGAAAAUAAUUCUUCUAAAAUGCCUGGAAGCUCUGGCAUCUGGAAUGACUCUGGAAAGAGGGGUUGUCGCCUAGCCAUGUCAAUUCCUUUGAUGACUGAACCACAAGAAGCUCUGGGAGAAGUGAAAGAGAGCUUACAUGAAGUGAUUCCUGGCCAUCUGGGCAUUUCUGAUUCUGAGUUAGUGUCUUUCAAAAAUAGCUCUGAACUGAACAUGUCUUACGAAAAGUCUUUCAUAGAUGAGUUUAAGAAGAGUCCCUCUCCUGGAUAUGUCAGUGUUCCUGACAUUACAGAUAUGUCUGUGGUGGAAAAUUCAUUUUCACAUGAAAUAGGUUCUGGGAGAAAUGAAAACUCUGAAAAUGUAGAACCUGCUAAUAAUCUUUGCAGAGGGCCAUGUGUAAUGCUGAAUGACAGUUUUCCCCAAACUGCUUGGAAUUCACAGCCAUGUGAAGAUUUGCAAUCUCCUGAAACAAGUCCUGAGGCAAGUGAAGUCCUUGAAAUGGCAAACACCAUAAGUAGCCUUUCAAAGGAUAUACAAAUCAAAAGCUAUUUGGAAGAAGAUAAUGUGUGGAGUGAUUCAAUAAAUGAUUAUGCACACUCAAGUGGAACAAGUCCUGAUUUAAGUGAUGCAUCUGUGAAUGUGUGGGGAGACCUUCCAGUUGCCAGUCAUGACAAAGGAAGUAGGGAUAUUUGGGAUAUUAAAGAUAGUAAAUAUCUUGAAGGUGCCUGUAAAAGGAAUGAAUUUGGGAAUGAAUGUGAAGAAGGAUUUGAAACAAGCACCGACCAGAACAACGUUCCUAAAAGCUUACAUUUUUGGAAUGCCCAUGUAGAUGAUGAUACUGUUUCUUCGUUAUCAAGUCCUGACAUAAAUGAGGAUUCAGAGAAUUCAGAGGCAUGUCCAGAAGCAAUUUGUGAAGAUUCCAUGUAUGAAAACAAACAGCAUAUAGUGUCUGAAGUUGGAGAGGACUAUGCUCAAUCCAAUGCAACAAGUCUUGAAGACAAUUUAGAUGCAAAAACCAAGGUGGGAGAGGAGGUCCAGGUAGGCAUCUUCAAUGAAAAUCCUGAAACAAUUAAAGCUAGGAAACUGUUGCAGGAGGACUUGACUGGAACGGUGUAUAAUGAAUAUUUAGGUCACUGGGAAACACUUCAGAAAAAAGCCCAGGUGAGUAUUUUUAGUAAAGAAACAAGCAGCGGAGAAGACUCAUGUUUUUAUGAAAGGCGUGAAGAUACUACACCGACUUUAGCUGUUGAUGAUAAAGAAGAGUAUUCUUCAAAAGCUGUAGAUAUGUGGAGUAUGUCAUUAGAAGCUGAUUUCAGAACUGAUGCAAAAUCCACAGUAGGAACAUUUGGUUUUCCAGAUGACAGUUCAGAAUGGUGGAAUUCACAACCUUGUGAAAAAAAGCAAUUGGAAGAUCAGUAUUCUGCUUCAAGUCACUCUGCAACAAACCAGUUAACAACUAGUAAGGAGGACUCCUGGGGUUCACCUUCACAAGAUGAAGAACUAACGGAAGCACAUUUCAUUAAGGCCAAUAAUGGUGGAAAUGAGCCUCCCGCCCUGUACUGUGAUGAAGAAGAAAAUGAAAGUCUAGUACAUCCUAUGAAUAUUCCUGAUAGUCAGAUAAAUCAAGACACGGAGCAGUUCAAACAAUUUGAUCCUUUCAUACUGGAUAAAGAAGAAAGGGGCUUGAAAGAGCAGUUGUUUCCUACAGAUGAGGAAAAUCGACUGACUGCACAGAAUCCUUUUUCAGAUGAGGAACGAGGUAUGCCAAAUACAUCAGUUCAAGAAAUCCCAGUAGUGGAUCUACCAAAAGACAAUGGGGGAAAUGCAAGUCUCAUUCCUCAAGAACAACAGUGGGAAACCUGUGAAAGAUCAGAAGUGCACAACUCCUUGCCAGACGCUUUCACUGUAGAAGACUUAUCUUUUGAAAUGACACAGAAGUCAAGCCCAGGGUGGAGUAUAUUAGUUCCCCAAACUACACUUAGCCCAGAUAUUUUACAGGAUAACACACAAGAAAGUAAUCGGCUGUUUUCAGUGGACCCUGACCUGUGGACAAAUGCUGAGCAGACUGUCACUUUGAAAUCAGAUGGUGAAAAUUCUGAUAUAUUAAGUCACUGUGACCAAGGCAAUAGUUCACAAGCAUCAAGCAGUCCUGACGUGUGCCAGGAGUAUGAAGCUAAGCAUGCUUCUAUCCCAUUUUCUCAGAUUGGGGUGGAGCCUGGAGACAAAGAUAGUCAGCCAGUUCAUGUGUGGUCAAAUAUGGGUAAAGAGGAAGAUUCAAAGAGGCAGUUAGUAAUGCAGAAGUUAGAGAGGCAGUAUCAAAGUGGUAGUCUCCAGGCCUAUGAACAGGGAAAGACCAAUGAAUCCUGUCAGCUAAUCUCUUCUAAUGAUCAUGAGCCUCCUGAAUUUGCAAUUUUGGAAGAAUAUGGUCCAGAAAAUAAACUUUUUACUGACCCGAUCCAGUUGGCUGAACUUAACAAUGAAGUUUUACAAGUGACAUCCUUAGAUCUGAAAGACACGUUCCAUGAAAGUUUUACUUCUGCAAGCCGUCAAGGAACACCAGCUGAUACAGCUUGGAUAGCAACCUCCCGAACGCAUUUGGUUCCGAUGGAUUUCACUCUACUUGACAGGGCAGAAGAAAGCUUAAAAGAAGUUAGUGCCUUGGCUGAAGUUGGGAAAUAUUCCGAUACUGACCAUACAGCAGUAACUGCUGGUGAGCGAUACAUGUCAGAAGAAUGUGUGGAUGAAUCUGAGACAGGAGCAGAGCAUAACACCAGGAACGCAUCAGUGGCUGAUGUCCUGGCAGGCAUAGGUGGUGGCACAAGUAUGCUGCCAGUAGUAGGCAGCGAAGCCGCAGGAGGGGAAUCAAGGGAUAAGGAAGUAUUUUUUCCCAAAUCCUUUCUGCCUGGUGGUGGUGAAGGCCACGAAUCUGAUUCAAAUGAUCAGCUGGUUGAUGACAUGGGAAAAGAACCUGAAGAUGUAAUUGAACAUGCUGUUGGUGUAUUUAGGGGAAUGCCCAGUGACCAGUCGCCAGUGGUACCUAGUCCACCAUCCCGCCUAUCUUCUGACGCGGAACACUCUGGCAGCGGAGAGUGUGCAGAGAACGAGCUCCUGUUGCAGCAGCCAUUUUGUGACAGUGUUUCUUUGGAAAAACCUUCGCCACGGCCAGCUCCUACGGAGGGUGCAGAAGGCAUCCGAACGACCGCAGACAGCAGCGUUACCGAUCAGGUGCCUGAGGCGCGCGCAGAGCGCCUUCGGGGAGAUGACGCGUCGGUACCGGGGACGGCGGGAGCCCCGGCGGUUCCGGCUGCAAAACCCGCGGCAGAGGCGCGUGGCCUGGGCUCACCGCCAGGUGGCGACGGGCGACCGCCCGAUGAAGCUGGCACUGACUCCCUGCUUUGCAGGGGGAAUAAGCUGAGAAAUUCCUCUGAGAGCCCUGAACUGAAAAGUACAGAGGGUGAGGAAGAUGUGAGGAUGCAGGUGCACCAGGAUCCAGCUUCACUGGAGAUGGAUUACAUCCUUGUUACUGAGGAAGAAAAUACACCUUCAGCGAAGGAUUCCCUUGAAAGAAAGGAAAGCGAUUUUGCAUUUCAAGAAGCUCAUGUAGCUGAACAAACAGCAUCUCAUGAAGGCUUUUCACCAGGCCCCUCAGAUGCCUUUCAGCCAAUCUCCAUUACAAAUGAAAGGGAAGAUCGCUUUGUUUGCGGGACUGAAUGGGAUGCUGUUCACUUAGAAUUGAAAAGUUCUGUUGUACCGCAGAAACUGGAUGAUGAAACAAGUUCACGAGGAAGCUGUGGGCAAGAUGAGGGCUGGAUUAUAUUGGGUCAAAAUGAGGUCAGUGAUGUAUCACCUGAAGACAUUUCUGCUGACUUAGAGAUGCCAGAAUUGGGGUCUGGACAUUCUGGUGGUAAACUGGCAGCUGUCGUAGCACAGGAAUUGAUUCUUGACACUCAGGCAGAAUUUCAGGUAGAAACUCCCCUUCAGAAAUCAUUUGAACAUGAGGGCUGUUACCCUUCAGAUAGCCUGACAAGUGAGGAUGGGAGUUCGGGCACUGCAGGAGCUCAUGUGCUGCCCGUGGUUGGUGGUGAUGGUUCAUGGGAAUCAAGUUCUCAACAGAGACUUGGUAAUAACAUAACAACAGGACAAGAAAUGAAGGAGGAAACGGUGCUUCUCAGCAGUGAAAGAGAACUGAGUCAAAAAUCAGGGUUGGCACAAGUGUAUGUAGGAAUGGACAGCCCCCUUGCUGAGGAUAUACUAAGCCCCAGUUCUGCAGAGAUGAGACCUGAACCUCCCAAUUCUCUUGAUCUUAAUCGUUCCCGUCCCAGAAGGAUAAAGCUCGCUGCUCCAAAUAUCAAUCUCUCUUUGGACCACAGUGACGGGUCUGUUUUUCUCUCUGAUGAUAAUUUGGAUACACCAGAUGAAAUUGACAUCAAUGUAGAUGACCUUGACACGCCUGAUGAAGCAGACUCUUUUGAAUACACUGGGCAAGAAGAGCAGACUGCUACUAAGGAAGCGUCACAGGAGUCUGAAUCAAUUCCAGAGUACACCGCUGAAGAGGAGCGAGAGGACAACAGGUUAUGGAGAACAGUGGUUAUUGGAGAGCAAGAACAAAGAAUUGAUAUGAAAGUCAUUGAACCUUACAAAAAGGUCAUUUCACAUGGAGGAUACUAUGGUGAUGGUCGGAAUGCUAUCAUUGUGUUUGCAGCAUGCUUCUUGCCAGACAGCAGUCGAACUGAUUACAACUAUGUCAUGGAAAAUCUUUUCCUCUAUGUAAUCAGUACCUUAGAGCUGAUGGUAGCUGAAGACUAUAUGAUUGUCUACUUGAAUGGAGCAACACCAAGAAGGAGGAUGCCUGGACUGGGUUGGAUGAAAAAAUGUUACCAGAUGAUUGACCGACGAUUACGGAAAAAUUUGAAAUCAUUUGUAAUUGUUCAUCCAUCAUGGUUCAUCCGGACAAUUCUGGCUGUGACACGACCUUUUAUAAGCUCUAAGUUCAGCAGUAAGAUACAGUAUGUCAACACAUUGGCAGAGCUUCGUGAGAUGAUUCCAAUGGAAUAUGUGCACAUACCAGACAGUAUUGUCAAGUAUGAUGAAGAGAAGUGUAUUAAGAGAAGAAUGAGACUGGAUGAAGAGCUGAGGGAAACUUCAGAAGCAGCUAAGACUAGCUGUCUCUCAAAUGAUCCAGAAAUUACUUCAGGGGAGCAGAACAUUGACAUGACCCUGAAAUAAAAAGCAUCAUUGCCAGGCAUUUGAAGAAGAGGGUUCACUUGGAUUUUCAUCGCCCAGACAUCCAUGACCAUGGUGUACAAUAGGCAAUUUAGGUUAAUUUGAUUGGGUUUUGAUUUUUCAGUGUCAUUCAGCAAUUCAAGACAACCAAAAGGGCCAAUCCUAUUGCUAUGGAAACAGAAGAAUUUUUGGACUAGUUAUUUGAAUUGAGGAAAAACAGGUUUAAUUAGGAAAACUGUAUCAUCUAGCAUCGGUUUCUAUGUGUCUGCGAUUUCUGUUUUAAAGGUUACCGUUUUACCAACAGUGUGCCUCAUGAACAAGUUGGUGAGGAUGGGGAUUUUUGUUUCAUUUGUCUUCAGUAUAUUAAUGUUUAUGCAUAGCUGAACAGAAUAAUUGUUGCCAUAAAUGUUAGCUUGGUUGUGUCACAGAGCAGCAGUAACUUUACUGUUCAAAAAUAAUUCUGGAAGUGAUGCAGGACUUUCUUGAAUUUGUCUGUUUCUUGCUGUCUGAAAAGUCUUUCCAAGUUCAUUUAAUCCUAAUUACUUUUUAAUUUGGUCACAGAAAAGACUGAUAUACUGAAAAAAUAAUUACUUACCGAGUGGAUUUCCCAGAGGACAGAUUUGUAACUGAAAUUUUAAUAAUUAAAUUUAUAUAUUUUAGGGAUAGUUUUUAUAGAAGCAGCUAACCCUGUAGAAGAUUGUCAUAUAUUCUAAAAGCCUUGGAGAAUUAAUUUGUUGUUGUUUUCUGAAUCUGUUUUUCCAGAACUUUGGGGUUAUGAGUCUUCAAAUGGCAUCCUAACUCCGAUUGUAAAGGCUAUUAAUGCUAUCAAUAUGAAACAGAUACUUAGUAUUUCCUACUAACAACUGAAGAUUACAACAGCUGGGAGUUACACUCACUUGUUUGAAUAAUAAUUUGACAUUUAUUCCUAAGUAUAUCUAAUAAAAAGUGUAUGGUCUGUGUCAUGGAACAGAACAGUGAAAAAAUAACAUGAAAAGGUAAAAACCAUAAGCAUUUCUUGUUUGCUGCUGUCCCAUGUACUGGCACAAAAGACACUGCAGUUAAGUCCUCAUAUUUACAGGAAAUUAACUGAAGCCUCUCAGAUCAUUCUUUUCAAGAGAGUGCAAAUUCAUUGUUGAGUGAAUUCCACUUGCAUACUUUAAAAAGGCAAGAGUCAAGAAUAUGGCUAGUGCUUUCUCUUCCUCUAAUGAACACGUGCAUGCACUUUCCAAACCUGCUGACUCGCCUGCUUGUGGGAUGUCCUAACAAAAGUAAGUGUUACACACUCUCUGAAAUACUAUUCUUAUCUUCACAACAUUCUCAUAAUGCCCUAGAAUUACAUCUGUGGAUUCUCUACUUCAUAAAUAAGUGAUUAGACGUAACAAGUCAAGAUAAUCUGCACCUUAUUUUUACAUGUACAUUAAGUCCAGUCCUGCUUCCAGUCCAGAAUUAUUAAUAAGAGAAGACCAGCAAAAGUUUUCUUGGGGAAUAAUGUUUAAGCAAAAAGCAAAAUGGCAUGAAACUUGAUUUUUCAGUAGGAUCUAAAUUGAGAGUGAAAAGUGUAUUUUAUCCUUCAUUUAAGAUCGGUAUUUUUGUUCUGUGGUUUGCACAUUACCAUCUCUGUCAAUUUGUGUUUUCUAUUUGCAAGGUAGUCUGCAGCCGAGGAAGCAAGCAUCCAUCAUGUGCACAGUUUUCAGCUACUGUAAUGAAGGUUGAAAAAAUUGUCAGAAAGGCAAGGACUUGCCAAAUGCUUUCUUACCUUCCAGCAUCAAAACUGAAAUAUCAGCACCUCUGCAGUCCUUGUGCUGUACUGACAGGUGGUGCAUUGUAUCUCUGUCAUACUAGCUAGCCUGCAGUAUCACAUCUUUCUGUCAGUUCCUGUUCAUUUCCACAGAGGAAGGACUUAAUCCUGCUGACCAUUGUUGCUGCUCUAUAACCUUGCCCUAAAUUAGGUUCUGAUAGUUUCCACCUUUCCUCAGAUAUCUGAUUCUUGGCUUGUCUGCCUUAUGAAAGUGCUGUCACUUAGUAUAUUGGGGAUAAUGUUUUAUGUACAGAUUAAUAUUUGUAUUAACUUCUAGAUGCUAAUUAAGCUUUACCUAGAUUUAAACUAUUAAAAGCAUUUAGUAGCAUGAAAUCACAUCUGUAGACUUGUAGUUUAAGCCAACUAGAGUGAGCCGGAUGACUUGUGUUACGCUAUAAGUGAGAGAAUUGUUUGCUAAGAGAAGUUCACCGCAAAGCAAAGUUCAACACACAUUUCUAUGCUCUGUUUGAGACCUAAGUAGGGUAUAAAAGAUUUGUGGUCUUAGUGCUGGCUGUCAACUCAGAGGUGAGUUUAAUUCUAAAGGCUUUGCGUGCAAUUACUAAACAGCAAAACAACAUGUGAAUUAAUAUUAUUAAUGUCGGUGGACUAAUAAUGGCAGUGUGACAGAAGGAACCUGUUUAAGCCAAAUGUCACAUUAAAACAAAACUGGGGCAUCAGUGUGGCAGCACAACAAUGAUUGCAAGGUUAAGGUGUGGUUAUCUUUGCAUAUUAAUAUAUUUUGAAAAGUUUUUUAAUGUUAUGAUACGGCAAUUCUAUAUUAUUCUAACAAUAAUAUAUCAAUAUUAAUAAAUCAGUAGUUUGAAAGAGUAAUAUAGUACAUGUACUUGCACAGAUAUAAUCUUUUAUAUAUGGAUCUUUUAUACUGUGUAUCAGAGUGCUCAGAUCAAAUACAAAUUAAUAGUUGCAAUUCUUUUGUUGUUAAAAAACCUGUGCUGACUUAUAGAUUAAGCAAUACAAGGAUACCUAAUAUCGUUGUAUGUGUAUAUAUACCUAUGAAUCAGAAAUAAAGAACUACAACUCA